AUGGUACUUCUGAAGAGCGCCGCACGCAAAAUGACAAAAGCAGAACGGCUAGAGCACGAUUUGGACUUCCUAGAUGAUAACGACUUUGACACAAUGAGUCCAGAUGUAUGGCGCCACUCAUUGAGAAGAAAGAUAGGGGAGCGUCGUUCCUAAGUUAGAAGGGAAACGAGGAACGAUAUUCCCAGUAUAUCGAAAUCGACAUUCCCAAGAAGUGGCACCAUUCACUAGAGCUAGACGGAGUGGAAGUACAAGAUGGUAUAUUAACUAUAAGAAUAAACAGCGACACUUCUAGUGGUGGUCAGGAGCAAGAACAUGUUCAUCAAAUAGUUGUCAUAAAUGGAGCUGGAGCAGGAGCUAGUCCUCCUAGUGCAGCUAUUCUUGCUGGCACUCCUACUACUAGUAAUGUUAUGGCUCACCCUUAUCCAUAUUCGGAAGCAUCUCAGAGACGUUUUCAAGGGGAGAAACGCUCUCAGGAUGAGCUUCGAGAUGGAUUAGGCUUAGGGUGGGCUCUAAUAAUGAAGUAAGCGGUCAACAAGGGGAGCCACCCUCUUCAGAUGGACCAGGGUCGUUAGCUGUUGAAUCGCCUUCCAACUACAGCACCAACUCAGAGGUGGACGUGGACGACAAUGAGAAGGACUUGUUCCAAGUCGUUCCUCAAGAUUCUGGAACGACAGGUUCAACGCGUACACCGAACACAAAUGUUGACGAACAAUCUACUCGCCCAGCGUUGGACCACGAGGAAGUUGUCGUGGAACAAUCUACUCCAGCGUUGGACCACGAGUCGGAGGCAGGAGCAAGAAGCGGCCGGAGAGCUGAUGGGAUACCACCUCCAAUAAAUGAUCCCACAGAAGUGAGGAUGGCAGACACACGUCAACCAGAGCAACCGACAAGAACUUCCGCCACGCCCACAAGAACUUCGAUUCAAAAGAUCACUAGCAAGGCUAGUACAGAUCUUCUCAUGGUAGCGCUAAGACCGAACGCAGAACGGGUCCGAGUGUGGGUCGCACAAGCGAAGGACAAAGCAAUUGAAGUUUCCACGUCGCGCGCUCAAUUCUGGGAUGAUGUGGCUGAAGACGUGAAAAAACAUUUCGUUGAAACCUAUCGUGCCUACAGUGCCCACGCGUAUGGUUCAGACGAGUGGUGUCCGCUUUCGAGUAUGGGCAGCAACGAAACCUUCGGAGGAAUCGGGAUGCAGAUUCUUGUUAUGGCGUAAUACUGGGCAGAGGAUUUGUUUGCAUGUUGGACUACGGUUUUUUUACUCACGACGUCCUCGUCCUCCCUGCAUAUAGUCUUGUGCGUGUCGUGAGACUAAUUACCUAACAAGGCUAAAAACAGCUUGUAAAGUAAGUUUUUGUGACAAGAACGAUACGACUCCACCGACUCCCGCGGCGAGUACUUGAACUUGUGUAUUUGAAGAAACAAAAAUCUUCUAAUUUCUACGUCAUAUCGGCUUUCGUUUUGAUGGAUCUACCGGAGGAAUUGCAGGAAGCGGAGAGAUUCGUCCGAAACUUAGACUUCACAAGGGCUUCGACAAAAGUGGAGGUGUCAGUGUUCGAGCUGAUGUUAAGGCCGCAGGCGCAGGCUUACCGUCGUCCUUCAGCUUGAGACGAAGCUGCAUCUACUUUGGCCCUCUUUUCUGCUUGAAAAAGAAGGACCCAAUCCCAUUCCCAAGAGGGAUAGGAAUGAUCUGAUGCACAACUCAUAGGAGUCGAAUGUAAAAACGCGGUAGCUCUAAUGAUCAUCCGGGCAGUUGGCGGACUCGAAUCCGCACACGCACUAACAGGAAGGAAGGUGUAUCUGCGAAAAGCAGAAGAACUGGUGCAACAGAUAGCUCGCGUCUUUUAAGGCUUCCUCUAGUCCAUCUUAAGUAGAUGCAUCCUGCUGGACUAGCAGGAGCUUUAUUUUCAAAUCCAAAUUUACUUGUGACAAGGUAUUCUUUGUCACUAUCAUGUGCUUGGUCUUGAGUUGUUGUUCUCAAAGUUACCGCAAGUAGAGCAUAGUAGUACUGUUACUUUCAAGGGACGAAAAGAGCAGGUCCAGGAUCAUGAUUGAUGAAUCGCAUCAUGGAUAAGGGCAGGCGAGGAGCUCUAAGUCUUUGACACGCCGAGCGGACUGCCCUUCUCGCGAGUGAGGCUGGGCAGCGGGCUGCCUGUGCUUGACGACAACCCGACUAUUCUGUCCGAGAUAGGGACUUUGCAGUUGGAAAUGCGAUAUUUGAGUGACGCUACAGGUAACGCGACAUAUCGGGACUGGGCUGACAGUAUUUAAGGGUAGGUUAAAGGUGCUUUUCUUGCCGCUUUUUAUGCCUCUCCUAAGGGAGAAAGGCAUAAAAAGCGGGGUAAGCGAGCACCAAAAACCUACCUCUAAAGUAUACUGCAUCAGUUGCACUUCGAUUACUUGGAAGAUUUCCGUGGCGUGUUGCUCCAGAAUUGGCGUGUGGCACAUCAGUUGAAGAUACUUGGAAUCGACACCAGUCAACACAGUGGUCUACAGUCUCAAGGUCAAGGGGUCGAUUCUACUGACGCCAGCAGCAGUAUCGUUGAGGAACAGAUGAAACUUGUUGUUGUAGACGAAAAAGAUGAAGAAAAAGUAGUACCAGUUCUAGAAAAUGAUUAUCAGAGAAGCAAACAAGACAUCAAGUCGGCGUGCGGAUCACCUUCAACAGGGAAGAACGAGGACGAGAAGUGUAUUGUUUCUGUCGAAGAGACUACUUCUCAGGACGAGGUUACUGCUACUACAAGAACUGAGCCAGCACCUGCUUCAUCAUCUUCAUCAAGUCUAUCUUCAGCUGUAGUUACAUCUUCUUGUUCAAGAACGAGGAGUAGUACAAGCACAAGCACUUCUAGUACCACAACUACAACAAGCAGCACUACAACGACCUCCAUGACAGGAGAGAGACCGGUGAAAGACCUGAUGCCCUCUCAGUUCACCAACCCUCGCAUUUUCCCAAUGCGUGUAAUGAUGAAUAGUCGCUUCAGUUUAGGCGGGCAGGGGGAUAGCUACUACGAGUACUUACUCAAACAGUACCUGCAGGACGGGUCCGAUCUGCUAGCAAAGUAUAUCUGGGAAACGAUGCUCGACGGAAUCCAAGAGUUCCUAGUGACACCGCGAAAAAAGUACCUCAUCGAGCGCACGAUGACAGGGCAGAAUGUUGGGCAGAUGGCCCAUUUAGCUUGCUUUUUUCCCGGCUUGCUCCGUCUGCAUGAACGACACCUGGGAAGUCGAGGUAUCAAAAUCAAAAAAGCGAAAGGCAGCAAGAACAAGCCGCAGACUAGUAAUGACGGGGAUCAUAGACAUGUUGGAGAUGGAAGUGCAGAACAGGAACAUCUUAGCGCAUUAGAGGACUUGAUCGAAAGAACGAUGCAUCAUUGUUUUGACUUCUAUAGCAAUUCGCCAACAGGACUGGCACCAGAAGCAAUCUUCGUAGACGAUGAUGAGGACGAGGGUGACAGCCACAGCACCGCAGCAAAUGAUAGAGUUGAAGUUGAAGAUUCGUCAUACCAUAGUGGUGGUAGUAGUAGUAGUUCGAUUACUCCAUCUACUUCUUCAACAACAACAACUGUAGAAGAUCAUGUUACAAGUACCACAAAAAUUCCUUCUGCUUCAGAGGAUGGUCGCGAAACAAGUCAUCCACGUGGUCCGCGAACGCUAUACGUCCCACAUGGCCUUGCGUAUAGCUUGCUACGUCCGGAAACCGUGGAGUCGCUCUACUACCUGGACCACUACUUGCAGAUGAAGAAGAGCAACAAGGACCACCAGGACCAGGUUCCAUCAACAUCAUCCUCAGAUUUAGAGAUCACAACGGCACCAGGUUCAGACGAGAACAAUGUCGCGUCGCGCGACAGGUGGCGACAACAAGCUUACUUCAUUUGGACGAGCUUAAAGACGCAUGCUUUUCUUAUGGGCUUGUUGGGGUUUCGAUUGCAGUUUCCUAAAUUUUGGAAGAUUUUUGCUCUUUCUUCGCAGACCACGGAGCUCGUUAAUUUAUUGUAGAAAGGAAGAGCAAGAACAACUACAUUGUGCUGUCGCUCCACGUCCACCUCCUCUAAGCCCCUUCCCUUCCAUGGAUUUUGUACGGUGCCAGAUGUGAGCGUGACGCAACCCCACGUCGGCCGUUCCUGUCCGAUGCACACGUUUGUUUUAUCGGAGACAUUGCUAUAUCUCUAUCUGACGUUCAAAGAUCCAGCAAAAUUAUGGCUUUCUUGAUCAGAGACCACUAACUUGGACUACUUGAUGUAAACCUUCAUUCCAAGGGAAAAUAUAGACGUCCUCCUAGUCAGGGAGUCAUCAGCAAAGUAAGUAGAUGCCUUUCAACUUCUUAUUUAGGAUCAUGUUGCGUUUAUGAAGAUUAGCUUAUCUAAAAACUGCGAGGUAACUGAAGUUAAACAAGCUAGAAUCUACUUAGAAUCCAAUCAGGAUUAUUCAGGAUGUUCUUGAAUAUUAUCGCGUUAACUUAACAAGACCGGCGUUCUUAGAGAGUCUCUCUAACUAAGGUGAUGAUCUCAAACUCGUCGAUUAUUGGAGAAAAUAUACCCUUCUCCCUGGACGACUGGGUUUUCAACACAGAGGCUCAUCCAUUGCCACGAACGAAUUGGGGAGGACGCGGCAGGGCGAUAUUUGAACCACGAGGACGAGGAGGGGGACGAGCAAGGAGAUAAGUAAAAAAUACCCGGUAAUUUUUAAACAGGAAGUAGUCAGGAUCAGGGGUACUACUUGUGGCUGUGGCAACAUCAACACUAUGACUAUCUACAGACACAAACUAGUACUUCUACUUCUGCAGGAGCACUUUAAUGAUAGAUAAGCUGCAUAAGCAUAUUUAAUGCAUAUGCACGGUCAUGUCCGCUAGGUUCGGGCUACCGCGCAUCGCCUCUUGAUUGAUUGAUUGAUUGAUUGAGGGAUAGAAUUUUUGACAUGACAACAUGACAGUUACUUAGCUGCAGGUGCAGCACGACAGUCACAGUCGUGGAUGUACUUAGUCUUCCAGUUCGAUAGUAGAGAAGUAGAUCUUGGUAAUGGUUUCUUCGUAUCUAGGUAAAAAUAAUGUGUAUAGAAGUAGUCUUUCAUCUCCUUACGUUCGUGGCGUGACUAGUUAAUAUACCAGCACCUCGUCCACCAGGACGAGUGUGUUCUGUUUUUUGCGUUCUCUGUUGUCUGUUAACCGAAAAAAACAAUAGUUGUCAUUGUCGAGCAGGAUCUCCUGGUCCUUCUAGCCGCGACGUGAGGUCAAAAGUACAGCAGGUGCAUCAAGAUGUACUAACGUCGUUCUGUAUCAGCUUAAGGUCGUUUGUGAACAGUACUACACGAGGUGUCGUGGAAUGAUGUGGAAAUACUCGGUCUUCAGGAAAGAACAGCACGUGAAGAGAGGCC